AAGAAAAUCGGCCAGGCCCAGAUCUCCCUGUCGUUCUCUUCCGUGUGAAAAGUUCUCCAAAACUCAAGAGAAGACCGCAACAAUCCGGAGCUCGCUGCAGAGAAGUCGCUUCCCAUUCGCGUGCGCGAAGAAGGAAGAAGGAAACGGGAAGGUUUUUGAAAUCGUCGAGAUCGGUCUUACCCCAUGGCGGACGAGGAGCCUGUUGAUCAAAAGAAGUACUUUGAGGACUCUUGCAAGCCGAAAUGCGUGAAACCUUUGCUCGAGUAUGAGGCAUGCAUGAAGAGGGUCCAAGGAGAUGAAUCAGGGCACAAGCACUGCACCGGGCAGUACUUUGAUUAUUGGUCUUGUGUGGAUAAAUGCGUUGCUCCUAAGUUGUUCCCGAAACUGAAGUAACCCAGGAGGCCCCCUUGUUUUCGUCAUCUAUAUUCCGGGAUGUCUUUAUAACUCUGGACUAGGGCUCAUGUUUGCAAGAACGCUCUUAGUCGUCUUCUACCUUGAGCGAGUAGCCGCUUUUGAGUUUCUAGUUGGAAUAAAGCGAGAAAUGGAUUUUCUCAUUCUUGAAACCAGGAUCGCUCCAUCAUUGUCGACGAGAUCGAACUUACUAAGGAUGCGCUGAUGGGUUCAUCUUUUUUUGACAUCGUUAUGA